AUGCUUUCGAGCUCUUUCAAUUCGGUUAAUGCACUGUGUACACGUAGUCGAUUGCUAGUACGCUGGAACACCACUGCCGCAACAGCUGCUCGCAAAAUACACCCGGUCUCUCAAUUAAGUACGGAACUUGCAAAAGAGCUCAACACCCACAAAGGCUCCAAUUCGGCCUUUGAACUGUUCAAGGAUAGAGUACAAAAAGUCUCAGAGUCUCUUCAAGAUUCGCGUUUCACCCUUCAACGGUCGUUUGGUCUCAAUUCCGUGCUAACGCAGCUUCUACAAGCCUCCAGAGCGGAUUUGACGUCUUUGGACAAUGCAUCUGAAUCAAGCCAGCUGCCAAAAAAUCCAUACGAGAUUCUAACUUCAAUAUGUGAAUAUGGUCUUGCGCGCGAUUCGCAUUUUCAGGUGGUUUUUGAACAUUUAAUCGCCUCAAAUUCCCCACAAGAUGUUUUAGGUUUGUGGGUCAAGUACCUCGAGACAUUAUCCGAAAAUUCCAAAACUAUAACAUAUGGUACGCAUCAUGCCAACAAUUCGGCCUUAGCAUCCAUCGGUUAUUUAAUGCUUCCCGGCAACUCGCCUAAUUUAGCAGAGUUAGCUCAAAUCCUCAAUGUAGGUGAUAAACUAGACGAAAUACCAAUUUCAAGAAUCAGAUAUUUAUUGGACACCAUAAAAAUGGAACACACAGUGCGGAAGAGUGCCAAAGACAAUUAUGCGCUAUUACUCUUUGACUUUGUCAAGACCUGUAAGCCAGAGUUUGAAAACCAGCUUGAAGGCAUAGAGCAAGUUCAAGAUGUCCAAAAUCUAUUUCAGACUUUAUCUUCGGCUUCGAAGAAAUCGGGACAACCUUUGAGUACUGAUAUCAUUUCCGCAUUCAUGUACAAAUUCACUAAUUUGCAUAAACCACAGCAAGCUAUUAUUUGUUUCAACUUAGCGAAGCAGUUGGAUCAAGUGGAUCUUUUGGUGAAAAAUGCCCUUCUUGUUGCCGUUGCAAACAUUCCCGUUUUUGGACGUGAUAUUAGAGAACAAAAGGCGAAACGGAUUGAGGCUGUUUGGAACACCUAUAUCGCCACCCCAUCCGCCACUAUCACUGUUGAUUCAUACAUUGCACUACUAACUGCUUUAGGAGAAAGCCGGAAUUUCCAAGAGUUGCAACAAUUAUGGAACAACGAAAUCCCAGCUCCGCUAAAGGCUGAUCAAACUUUGUUGGAAGCCUACCUAUUAUUCCAGUCUUAUCGCAAAAACUUCAGUUUGGAGGGUAUUCAAGCUCAACUUCCGAAGCGGCUAAAAUCUAUAAAACUUGCCAAUGAGAUUCUUUUCAAAAUGGCAGAGGAAAAGUUGUCGGAAAGUAAAAUAGAACAAUUCUACCGAGAGCAAUUUGCUGACGUCGAUGCCCCACUUAAACCCGAUAGUAAAACUUUGGCGUUAAGAAUGUACAUCAACUACCUUUACACCAAGGACCCCGAAUUCCAGUUUUUGAAGAGCAUUUCAAAGAGCAAGAAUGACAUCAACACAACCAAUUCAAUCUUCAAGAAAUUCACAGAGUUUUGUCCUGAUAUUGAAAUUACAAGGAAGCUGUUCGAAGAAAUUCAAACUCCUCUAGACUCAAGAAAAUACGGUUAUAUGAUAACCGCCGAGUCCAAAGCUGGAAACGUUGAUGCCUGUGAAGACAUUUUCAAGAAAUUUGCGAGCGAAACCAAACGUGUCAACACGAUAACGAGAUCCAUUCUUGACCCAAUUAUCGACGCUGUCUGUGAGCAAAGCAUCAGAGACAAGUCAAGUGCAUUGUUAGAGAAGAUUUCCAUUUACGCUACAUUUGCCAAAAAAGCCCAAAAAUCUCUAACAUUUCAAGCUGCAUCGAAGAUUGUUCACACUCUGGCAGUUGUUUCCAAAAGUUCGAAUGGCAAUUUCUCUGCCGAAGAAAACAAUACCAUCGGCCAACUUUUGGAAGAUAUAAAUGGCGUUAAGAAUUUUACACCAGCUAAGAGGGACUUAGAAAUCUUGAUACAAAAUAAGAUUUCUCUCCCUCAGGGCAUGAAGUAA